GUUUUGUUUUUGCUGACAGCCAUGAAAACACCAAAGAAGAACUUAUGACGCAAUUUCCGCUAAUUUCAACAUCGCGCCAUCGUGAUUAGCAGYCGCUUCAUUACGCUGGAAGUUUGUUUUAUUUCAUUUUUCCGCCUUCACUCACGGUUCAUAAAGGUUUAAACGGCGUCAUGGCGGAUAAGAUGAGCAUGUCUCUGGACGACAUCAUCAGGAUGAAUAAGAAGGAAGGCCGCGGCGGCGGAGGGUUCAGGCGGGGUGGAGGUUCAGGCCGAGCCGGAGGAUCGUCGAGGCAACCGGAGCGAAACCGACAGAACUUCAGCCGAGACUGGAACAACAGACCUGCUCCGUACACCCGGCCCAGAGAGCUUCCAGACAAAUGGCAGCACGACAUGUUUGARGAGCACAACGGUGGUCGAAGCUUAGCGUCAGGAAGAAGCGCUGCCACAGAAAGUAGCGGCAAGCUCCUGGUUUCCAAUCUGGACUUUGGCGUGUCUGAUUCAGACAUUAAGGAGCUGUUCUCAGAGUUCGGUGACUUACAGACGGUGUCGGUUCAUUAUGACCGGUCGGGUCGCAGCAAAGGAAGUGCAGAUGUUCAUUUUGUAAAUAAGGCAGAUGCUCUGAAAGCCAUGAAGCACUAUAACGGUGUCCCGCUUGAUGGUCGUCCCAUGAAAAUCCAACCAGUAACACUAGAGGUCAGCACACACAGUUCCAACAGAGGCUUCGACCGCAGCAGACUGGGUGAGCCCAGGUUUGAGCGGAGACGGGGUGGAGGUUUCAGAGGUCGAGGARGAGGARGAGGAGGAGGAGGAAACAAACCGCAGCUUUCUGCAGAGGAGCUCGAUGCUCAGCUCGAUGCGUACAACGCUCAGUUUCAGAUGGACACCAGUUAGGAACGCUCCAACAUACCUGCCUCCUUUUUUAUUUUUUAUUAUUAUCUUUAGUUCACAAUCUUAACCUUUGAAGCCAUUUUUUUUUUGUAGCUAAGCUGUUUGGAGUAGUUUUAUUUUUGACAUUUUCUUUAUUUAUACAAAUGAAUUGCUUUAAAUUUGGAUUUUAUUAUUUUUUUAUAAUCAUUCUGUGAAAGGCUGUUUACUGUAACAAUAAAUGUUGAUGUAAGUCAAAUUUGUCACUCAUCACUUUAUUUGUUGACCUGGGUUUUGUAAAUAAAUGUAAAGUAAAGCCAA